AUGGCUCGAGGAGCCACGAGCCAGCGCGUCGUCGGCUUCGCGACGGAGGUCAACUCCAUCCGGCCGGCGAGGGACGAAGAAUAUUCGGUUAUGGCUCAUUUUGCCAAACAUGCUUCCAGGUGCAGUAUCUGCAAAGACCCUUACCUGGCAUACAGGAAGGACAUCCCACUCUGCCACAAAGGAAAGGCCCUGGCCAGAGAUGUUGCCAAAUACGUCUACUCCAAAGGCGGGAAGCCCUUCUCAGUCGUUGACCGCUGGGGAGGGGACCGUGUCCAGAUUGAGAUUCCGGUUGGCUUUGAGGUCAUCAGCAACCUCGUCAAGGCCUUCGAGCAGCGUAAUCCUAGACCGGUGGUGGUCACGCACGCGGUGGACAGCGAAAGGCCAGAGAGGGUGGCAAGGCCCGAACGGCCUUCGUCCUAUCACUCACCACAGACAGAACGGAGGCGGGAGUAUCCCAUUGAGGACCACCCAAGAGAGAGGCGCUAUCGCCAGGAUGACGUCGAUAUGGUUGAGAUCAUCCCAGCCUCCGCUCGUCGUGAGAGGAGGGAACGGGUCCACCAUGACCAGGUUAACGACCGGUCUAGGCCAGAACGUCAAACAAGGCCUGUCAGCUACAUGGAGAGGAGAGGAAGCUUGUACCACAGGGACGAAAUCGAAAAGGAGCAGCGGCAACGGUACGAGGAACAACCGAUUGUCAUUGUCGCCGAACCUCCGCGACGACGUUCGAGACGGUGA